GAACAGGCUCUGUAAAUUCGCUGCUCCACCUGUAAACCUCGCAGGUCGCUCUGGUUCCUUCUUUCGCACUUCGAAAAUCUUUCUUCUAAAAUUUUCGCAAUCCGCUCGUUUCACCAGUGGGAACAGCGCAUUACAAAAUGCAGAAGGAAAGACAAGGCAGAAAUGACCUGUUUGAUAUGGGUGAGCCAUUUGAUGCUUUCCGAAGGUUUGGUGGCCUUGGAUCCCGUAGAACUAUGAUGCCUAGCCUAUUUGGAGGCAGAGAUCCUUUUGACGACCCAUUCUUCACUCGUACUUUUGGUAGUAUGUUUGAGUCUAGCAUCUUUGAUUCAAGUGCUACUUUUCGUGACACACUGGACAGCAACAGAGAAAAGGGUAUAGUUAUAGAAGAACUGAACCCCGAUGGUGAGGAAGAUGAAGGAAAAGAUAAAGGUGCCACUGAGCAUGCUGGGUCAGGCAAAGAACCAUCUGUUGAGCACCCAGAUGAUGAUGAUAAUGCAGAUGGGAAGAUUCAGAAUGUAAAUCCUAGGAAUGACUAUGACAGGGUGGAAGGAACAAAGUCACAGGCUCCUGGUUUUAGUGUCCAGACUUGCAAAGUUACAUAUGGUGGUGUAGAUGGAGCUUAUUACACUUCUACGAAAAGCAGGAGGACAGGCAGUGAUGGAGUGGUAAUUGAGGAGAGAAAAGAAGCAGAUAGAACAACAGGUCAAGCAACACAUAGGGUUUCCAGAGGAAUUCAUGAUAAGGGCCAUUCUGUUACAAGGAAGCUUAAUUCAGACGGUAAGGUGGACACAACACAAACAUUACACAACUUGAAUGAAGAUGAGCUUGAGGAUUUUGAACAGGCUUGGAAAGGUAAUAGUCAAGGUCAUUUGCCUGGUUGGAGUGAUGGAUUUAGCAUGCAUGCAAAUGCUGGAUCUAGCAGUGAUGAACAUAUGGGGAAGGCAAUGUGGGACAGUUGGAGACUUCCAUCUAGAGAGCACGCUCGAAACACGGGAGGUCAAGCUCAAGGAGCAGCAGACAGUGAAGCAAGAACCAAUUCUGGGGGCAGAACCAAGAAAAUUGUGAGGAUUAAUAUAGAAUGAACCACGGAUGACCAAGUACUGCUUUUUGUCCUGUUUUUGGACCCCAGCCCCAGUGUUAAUACGCUUGCAGAAAUAAUACCAAAACAUGGAUCUUUGCUCCGUUUUAGGUGAACCAGGUGCUAACCUGUUAUAUUUGUUUCGGAUUUGGUCCAUGUUCUGGUGACAGUGUUCAGUAUUAGACAUUAGAAACUCUUCAUUAUAAAGUUGUUUUGCAUUAAUUCUAGCAAGGGUGAAAAAAGUGAAAUGGAAAAAAAAAAAAGA